ACCGUCCGGGAUGGAUCAACUAAACAUGAAGUGUCUUCUAAUUCUCCUCUCCAUUAUCGGAUGCGGUGUGGCGCAGGACAUCUUGCCAGCGGGUCCUCUGGACGCAGUUUUGGGGAAAAAUGUAACUUUCAACACCCUGGCGAAGCCCACUGACCAGUACUCGACCGUUACCUGGGCUGUCAGCGACGGGACAAACCUGCAUAACAUCGUAAGUUUUAGCAAAGAUGUUGUGAAUGUGGUGGAUGCUUACAAAGGAAGAGUGACGGUGAACCAGACCACCGGCUCCUUGACUCUGGGACCCCUUCUGGCCACCGACAGCGGGGAUUAUUCCAUCACUUGGAUGACUCCUGCCGUCAAAUCCAGGCUUGGGGAGAUCAAGCUCCGGGUUCUGGAGCCGGUGUCCGAUGUGGUGAUUGCGUCUGACAUGCCUGAGGCGGUGGAGCACAACAGCACCGUUAAGCUGACCUGCUCGGCCAAGGGCUCCUUCCUCAAGUUCACCUGGACCAACGACACCACGCCCAUCACGGGCGACGGCAAGCGGAUAACCCUGGCCUCGGAGGACAAUUUGAGCACUCUGACCAUCGCCAAUGUGUUGAGGUCAGAGCUGGACGGUCCCAUCUACUGCACCGCCGCCAACAAACUGGAGACCGAGAAGAGCGCCCCCUUCAACCUCACUGUCUACUACGGUCCAGAAAACGUUGAGGCCGUUCGCGUGGCUCAGGUGCUCAGGAGCGGCUCCAACAUCACCCUGUCCUGCUCGGCCGUGUCCAGCCCGGCCGCCACCUUCAUGUGGUACCACAACGGGGCGAUUACGGAGCACACCAAGCCGCAGCUCACGAUGACCGACCUCAAACAAGACCAGGGCGGGAACUACUCCUGCCAGGCCCACAACAGCAAGACGCUGCGCACCGUCUCCUCCAACGUCAUCAGCUUCUCCGUGCAGGAGGCCGUCUCGGGCGUGGAGAUCACUGGUCCCACCGCGGACCUCAUCGCCGGCAACCACACGGCCAACCUCAGUUGCCAGGCAACGGCGGGCACGGUGACGAGCCGGGUCUGGCUGAAGGACGGCAAGCCCCUGUCUCCCAGCAACCGGGUGGUGAUCUCCGAGGACAAGAGCUCCGUGAUGAUCAAGACGGUGGAGAAGGAGGACAGCGGGGAGUACAAGUGUGAGCUCGGCAACGCCGUCAACACCGACUCCGCCUCCUACAAGAUGGUGGUCAACUACGGUCCUGAAAAAGCAACGCUGACGGGUGCUGAUGAGCUGGAGGUGAAGGACCAAAUAUCGCUCAAAUGCAGCGUCGACUCCAUGCCCGCCCCCACCUACGUCUGGAAGCUGAACGGCACCGCGAUCCCAGGCUCGUCGUCCGAGCUCACCAUCGAGCACGCCACCUACAAGAUGUCGGGGACGUACACCUGCGAGACCCGCAACGCCAUCACCGGCAAGACCGCCACGGCCACCCACAGCCUGUCAGUCAAAGAGGAGGGAGCGCUGGACGAACUAUCAGGCGGAGCCAUCGCUGGAAUCGUCAUCGGCGUUCUGGUGGGCCUCGGAGCCAUCAUCGCCGGCGUCCUCUACUGCAGACGGAAACAGACGAUCGAGUCUCCAUACUAAAGAAGUUACUGCACACUGCCGGAGAUCCCAGCCCAAACAUGCAGCCAUUUUGUUUCCCAUGAUCCACCUGUACCGCUGGGAGGACCAGUCAGCUUAAGCCGGUUUGCCAUGAAGCCCCGCCCACCCCUCCUCCUCCUCACCUCACCGGCCGAUGUGGACUCGAGGGCUGACCUCCCGGCGUGGAAACGAAAACGACGUUGAGACUCUUUCUAACAGGAUCCGUGUGCGACUCGACACCCGGACUGGAAUCUCCACUGUUGUUUUCACCGUUUUUUGUUUUUUUUUUUUGUUUUUUUUUUUUGGUUUUAUUGUUACUAUGGACCCCAGCUUCCCCCGUUUUCCUCCUCAUCACAGUAAACUGUCCCCGAACCGCCACAGGAUGGUCACUGUCACCUCCCCUCCUCCUCCUCCUCCGUCACCUUUCGUCUCCCUCGGGAAACUGACCCGGCGGCGUGGACUCGGAGCGCUGGAGACGCUUCCUGAUGUUUCCUGGCCGGAGCUGACGGACUAACGGUCCCGAUGACUGAUUCCCUUUAUCCAGCAGGAAACCUGAGGAGGAUUUAUUGGGUGCACGGACCCCCCCCCCCCUCGCCUCCCACCACCUCCCCCGCCAUCUCCCAAAACCUCCCACCUCCCCCGCCCCUCCACAUGGGAAUACCAAGGGACGUCACACCUGAGCGAUCACAGGCCGAGGCCACACACGGAGCCGGACAGGAACAUGCAGGCGUGCAGACCCGGGUUACACACUGUCUGCAAGUACAUUGUCUGGUUUGUUUUACUUUACCGCAGGUGCCAGGUGGGUGGAGUUUGGGGGGGGGGGACUUCAGUUGCAGGGAAGUUUUUGAAAUGAUCUGGAGUGUGCUUGAUCCAAAGUGCCUCAUGUGUGACGUCUGAGUGCAGAAACGCCGUCUGCAGCUCAGCGUGCACGUCCAUGACAAUCAGUGGUCGCAUUUUAUGAAUCUCCAUUUAAUUUUAACCACCUGGUACUCUUACUUAGGUAGAAACAGGCUUUCGAGAGGCAGAUGUUCCACCAAAGUCAUUACACAACAUCAGAACAAUAAGAAUUUCUCCUCCGUUUUCAUUCCCGUCCCGUGGCUUCUUCUUCUCCUCCUCGUUCCAUCACAGUGUUUGAGGAGGAAGGUGCGUUCGUUUAUUGUUUGAUCCCUUUUCUUUCGGAUUCACAAAGCGACCUGCUUCAAAAACAAGAGCGGCCUCGCCUCCGGCUGCGUCCAAACUUGAGGUCGACUCCAGGAGCUCAGAGUUCAGCUCCAUCUCAGCUCUGUCAUUUCUGUAUGAACCUCUGUCUUUGGCAGCAAAAGAAAAGAUUUCGUGUCAAAAAAAUAAGUUGAAUUGGCAGUUUAAUUGCUUCCUUAGUCUGAGCAGCAGCCAAAAAAAACUCAAAGUGUUAAUUUAUAAUGACCUGAACGGAGGAAAGAGAGACAUCCAAGCAUGUGUGUGGCUGGAAUCAGUGAAUGAUCGACGUUUUUACUGAUUUACUGAUUAAAUGACGAGAUUAUUUUCAUUCUAAAAAUUAUAAUGUUGAUCAGAUAAUAAUGGUGUGAUAGUUUCAGCGCUGUUUGACAGUUUGCAGCCAAACUCCGCUCACCCGGGACCUCCAGCAGGUUAAAACGAGCGCCAGGAUUUAUUUGAAAAUACAACUCUCCUGUUUUUUUUUUUUUUUUUUUUUUUUCUCUCCCGUGUGACUUCACUUCCCGGUCGCGCUGCAGGAUCGCUCCUCCUCGGCCGUGUGAGAGCACAGAUAAAUCUCCAGGCGACAAGACUCGACACGCCGGGAGAAGUCUGAGAGCUGCAGGGGCGAAAAAAAAGAAAGACAGAGAGAAAGACAGAAAGAAAGAGGGCGGGAAGGUUUUGUGCUCAGUGACAUUCUUUGGGUUUUGGAGGGAAAGUUUGCGAGCUCCAGGGCGGUGCUACUGACUUUUAUAAGUGUCGAUUUAAUGUGUUUGUUCUUGUCCCCCCCCCCCGAUUGGACAGACGCUCUUUCAAACUAAAUUAUAGUUUCUGCCGGUGACACGGAAAAAAAAAAAAAACAGGCGAUGAUUCGAGAUGUAAAAUGAAAAGAAACCACCAAACCUUUUGUAUUCUUUGAAGUUUUGCCUUUAGAGGGAGCAGAUUUUCUUUUUUCUUUUUUUUUUCUUUUUUUUUGUGGAAACCUCAGAUGAUGAUUUAUCUUGUGCUUUAAGCUGGCUGAUGUGUGUUUUUUUUUUCUGAUUUUUUUUUUUUUUUUUUUUUUUUUUUUGGCUGUACGUGAUCCUAGACUCCACCAUGCACUGAUCUCCAGUGAGAAAAGUAUUUAUUGUUUGGAAAAAAAAAAUAAAAUAACUGGAGCUGAAGAUCAUAGCUUGUCUGUAGAUCACACACGCACACACACACACACACACACAUACACACAUAAACACAUCAGCUUUUUUUUUUUUUACUCUUAUUCUUAUUCAAUCUGUGCAUUUUCACCUCAAACGUGAAGACGCUCACAUUGAACUUCGAAUCUUAAAAACGAAUCGUCAUUUUGAACCAGUUUCUAUGUGUGUUUCCAUUUUGGGCACAAACACAUGUUUAUUAAUAACUGCUGAAAAAAAAAAAAGCUAAAUAUGUGUGUUAUCUUGAACUUGACGCAUUAAAAUGACGCAUCGUUUGUAAGGUUGCAGCCUGGAUGAAACUCUGCCCUCACUGUAAAUAACAUGGCUCCUCUGUGUAAACACUGUAACUAAACACUGGAGGUUUUUUUUUUUUUUUUUUUGUGACAUUUUUGGAAUUAUAUGUGGGUUUUUUUUCCUUCCUUAUCAUGAAUAUUAUGUUCAGAAAUGCAUUUGUUUUUUUUAUUUUGUUCUCCUCCUCAGGAUGUUUACAGAAAGGCCCGACCUCUGAAAAUUCCUGUAAACUCUUUUCAUGUUUGAUUCCACAGCUUUUAAAAGCCAUAAUAAUGUAAGGUGUUCACACUGGAAUUUUUUUUUUUUUUUUUUGGUUUUAUUUA